AUGGCUCACGCAUCGUCUCCGGAUACUACUACGCGACCUUCGCUACCGUUGGAACUCCGUGCGGCGACCCGCGAAAAUCACCACGCCCUCAACACCCUGAUAGCCACACGCCUACUGUUAUGUCUGUCUCCUCAUGCGGACAAUCCCCUCAUCUAUGCUAAAGGCAUGGCUGCCUUUGGACAGGUCUAUUUUGCUUUUGAGGAUUUUCUCACUGCGUCUCUUGCCAGUGGUGACCAAGACCCCCGGUUCCAGGAGAUCUACAAUACACUGCAUCUGCCUCAACUUAUACGGACUAGCCGACUACAGCAAGACAUCGAGACGAUCAAGUCAAGGUUAGAAGGGUCCGCCGCGGAAGAGGUCAAUCUUCUCGAGCACGAAUCCAAAGCCUUCUAUUCGCGCAUACAGGGCCUCCUGUCUGCAAGGCCUCAUGUACUGCUAGGCUAUGCGUGGGCCAUGUACCUUGCUUUGUUCAAUGGUGGGCGAUGGAUCCGGAGGCAGCUUGUCUCGCAGGGUCCCGGCUUCUGGCAUGGACCACCCAUUCCACUGUCGUUCUGGGAGUUUGAUGGCGAUGCAACCGCGGAUUCGGAAGGCGAACAUCUGAAAGUGUUAUUUCAGGAAAGACUACUGGCCGCAGCCUCGCUCCUUCGAGACGACGAGAAGGACGACGUCAUCAAGGAAACCACUCGGUUGUUUGAGCUUUGUUCCGAGAUUGUGCACUUCCUAGACAACAAGUUAGACACAACUCCCCGCUCUCAACCCGACACUGCAGAUUCUCGUUUACGUGGUUCAUUUGGAGAGCUAUCGCCGGUUACGGCAGCUUGGCAAUACUUGACUUCAUCAUAUGAAUCUCUAAAAACGGUGACCGCGUGGGCCUGGAAUACAAAACAGCCUAGCUGGCCUAAAGCUUGA